AUGCUCGCCGCGCAUACCCAAAAGAAAUGGCGUGAGAGAUUCAAGAAGAAUUUUCGGCGAUUGUGCACCGGCGAGCAUCGCAUCAGCUGGAUCAUCGCCUCGACAUUAUUUCUGCUCAUCGUCUAUUUUUUCUAUCAAGUCCAAUACAAGACCGGAAUCGAUAUUAUUCCGUUGUUCCCGAUCGACGAUUCGGGAUUCAGCCUCUACAAUGAAGAGCUUUUGCGUAACGUGAAAUCGUCGAAAAGCGCACAAGAGCAACGCAAAUCGGGCAAAAUUCUGUGUUGGGCGAUGACGACGUCGAUCUACCACAAAACUCGAGUGCCCGCCAUUUCGGACACGUGGCUGAAACGCUGCGACGCCGGCCACAUUUUCACGAACUCCGAACGCUUCCUCAACGAGUCGACGCCCUAUCAUACCGUAUUCCACGGGCUCCCCGAAAGCUAUUAUAAAUUGUUCUGGAAGACGCGUCUCGCGCUAUUAUACGUCUAUCGAAACAUUUCAAGCGAUUUCGAUUGGUAUUUCAAAGGCGACGACGAUACGUAUCUGGUCGUGGAGAACUUGAAGCGCUAUGUUGAGAAACUCGAUCCGAAUAAGCCGUUUUUCAUCGGCUAUCGAUUGCGUCGUCGAACGACGACCGGCUACAAUGCCGGCGGCAGCGGAUAUGUGAUGAGUCGCGAGGCGAUGCGUCUGUUCGCCGACCGCCUAUUCCAUGAUAAAGACGCGUGUCCGUAUCACGAAUGGGAGGACUAUGCGAUUGCGCGAUGCCUCGCGUCGGUCGGCGUUUUUCCCGAAGACACGCGCGAUGACAAAGGACGACAGCGAUUUUUGCCGUGGCGACCCGAACAGCACUAUUACGCCGAUCUCACCAAAUCGUUUCAGAUGGAUCCAAUUCAAGUUUGGGGAGCCGACAUUUUCCACGAAAAUCUCAUUAGUAUGCAUCAUUUGUAUCCGGAUGAAAUCCGAUUCAUCGAUGGUUUGUUGUACUCGAUCGCACGAGGGAUUUGGGACAGUCACAAAUCGACAGAAGCACCAAAUGUGCCGAGUACACCGUCCUCCGCAAUGGAUGAAACCCUUCGACCGCCUAUUCAGUCAUUUUGA